AUGGAUAAAACCAAAAAGCUAGCUACAAUCGACGUGUCGAGAAAUCGCCUGUACAUCAAAGACAGAACCACACCAAUUGAACAAGCCAUAUUAUUUGCCACUUUCGAUCUUCAUCGCGAUAUAGAGUUAACUCCCUUCGCUCAGACAAUGGUUACGGGUACGAUCAGCCGCUCCAACUACGCCUACUACUUGUCGCAACUGUAUUUUAUUUACAAGACUCUGGAAGAAGCUAACGAUCGAUGUAAGGAGAACCCCGUCUUCAAAACACUGUACUAUCCCGAUGAGAUGAACAGACAAGAUGCCUUAGCCGGAGAUCUGGCAUUCUUUUACGGGGACGACUGGAAGCACAAAAUCAAGCCAACUCCUACGACUCAGAUUUAUAUGGACAGGAUUAACUUCAUCUCUACCACUAAACCAGAGCUACUCGUGGCUCACAAUUUUAUCCGCUACUUUGGAGAGUUUUCCGGUGGUCAGGUCUUAAAGCAUAAGAUCAAAAAGGGACUGCAGCUGGAAGAUCUACGAGGGACUAAGGUUUACGAGUUCGAAAAAAUCGAGAAUCUGAAACAUUUUAAGCAGUUUUAUUUGGAUCAGAUGAACGCAAUAGAGUUGACCAGUACUCAGUAUUAUGAACUCAUAGAGGAAUCCAGACACGCAUUUCAGCUCAACAUUGACAAUUUUCUAGAACUGGAGGACAUUUUAGCUUCUCUUAACUCUGGAUAUUUAACCAAAUUACGAAAAUCUAUGUCUGCGUACUCAGAUGUAACGUUGAAAGCGACUACUGUGAUCUUAGCUGGUGCUCUGGUAGCCAAUUUUGUGCGAUCAAGAGCUUAA